UAGAAGUCAAAUUAGGAGGAAAGGAAGGUGGAGUUUUUAAGUUUUAGUCAUGAAGGAAGACAAGCGUGUGUAGUGGGUACAAGCACGAAACCCACCAGACAGAAAGGGAGCAGGAAGGAAAAUAUUUCAUUUGACAAUAAUCAUAGAGAACAAAAAAACAAAAACAGCAAUAACAAAAAAGAGAAACAUUUGAAACGUUUUUUCCUCUCUGAGAAGACAUACAACUCAAAGCAGCAGCUAUGGCGCCUUCUCUCCUCCAGGCCUACAGGAGGCGCUGGUGGAUGGCAGUGACGGCGGUGAUUGAAAACCUGCUGUGUUCGGCUGUGCUGUUGGGCUGGGGCUCCCUGCUCAUCAUGCUGAAGAGGCAAGGCUUCUACUCUCACCUGUGCUCAGUGAACGAGUCUGUGGUUGUGUCUUUGGGCAACUCCUCCAGUGGCGAGGUGGAGGAGUGGCUCAGCUGCGUGGACCAGGAGGAGAUGCUGAAUCUGGGCUUCACGAUUGGCUCUUUCUUGCUCAGUGCCACAACUCUGCCGCUCGGUAUCCUGAUGGACAAGUUUGGGCCACGGCCUAUUCGCCUGGUGGGCAGUUCUUGCUUCGGUCUGUCCUGUGUCAUGAUGGCUGCGUCUGCCUACAACCCUCACCUCCUGUCAGCGCUCAUCUUCUUGGCUCUCUCCCUGAACGGCUUUGGAGGCAUCUGUCUGACCUUCACCUCACUCACGCUCCCCAACAUGUUUGGUGCUCUGAGCUCCACCAUCAUGUCUCUGAUGAUCGGCUCCUACGCCUCCUCUGCUGUCACCUUCCCUGGAGUCAAGCUGAUCUACGAUGCAGGCGUGUCCUUCCAGGUGAUCAUGUGGGCGUGGGCAGGCCUUGCCGGGUUUGUCUUUUUCAACUGUUUCCUCAACUGGCCCACAGAAGGCUUCCCAACACCUGACGAAGUAGACUACAGUCAGAUCCUCACAACGCAAGAGGUUCCUUCAGAUGAGAAGGCUGUCGGAGAGAGGCUAAGCCAGAAAAAUGGAGAUGUCCGACACUCCGCAGAGAAACUUUCUAAUGGACCUGACACUGCACCCAAUGCUGUUCCUUUCCGUCGCUCUGUGUUCUCUCCCAUCUUCCUGUGGAGUCUGGUUACAAUGGGGAUGUCCCAGUUGAGGAUCAUCUUCUUCAUGGGCGCCAUGAACAAAAUGCUGGAGUUUAUGGUCACCCACGGCGAAGAGCAUCCAUCUGAUGAGCUGGUGAUAGAGGCAGAAGAGAAAGUGAGUUUCUACUCGUCCAUCUUCGGCACGCUGCAGCUGCUGUGCCUGGUCACAUGUCCUCUGAUCGGAUAUAUCAUGGACUGGAAAAUGAAGGAGUGUAACGAGGAGAAGACCGCCCUCCCGGGGACAGAUCAGAGACAAAGCAGUGGACCCAAGAGAGACUCUAAGAUCCAGAAAGUGACCAAUGCCAUGAGAGCCUUCAUUCUCACCAACCUGCUGCUGCUUAUUUUUGGAUGCUGCUGCCUCAUUGACAACCUGCCUCUACAGAUCUUGACCUUCAUCCUCCACACGAUGGUCCGAGGCUUCAUCCACUCCUGCUGCGGAGGCCUUUAUGCUGCUGUCUACCCGUCCAAUCACUUUGGCACCCUGACAGGCCUUCAGUCCAUGAUCAGCGCUGUGAUCGCUCUGCUGCAGCAGCCGCUCUUCAUCGCCAUGGUCGGACCACUGAACGGAGAUCCGUACUGGAUCAACCUCGGACUGCUGAUCUUCUCAUUGAGUGGCUUCCUGUUGCCAGGUUACCUGUUCUAUCACCGCAGACACUUGCAGAGGGAAAAGGAUGCCAGAGACAAGCGGGCCAACGAACAGGAGAUGCAGGCGCUCAACCACACCAAUACCAAUGGCUACAAACCUCACAGCAACGGCCUCGCUGCUGUAGAGGCUUAGUGCGACACGACAGAGCCGAAGAUCCGGUGCAUUUGUAGGAUUUAUUCAAUCACGUACCUUCAAAAUGAGCACCAGCGUUAACUCAUCCAUAUAUAUUUUGUUUUGAUAUUUUUUCUUUGGUUUUCUAGUCACUGCUGGUGCACAUUUUGCUCACCGCAAACAUUAUCACUUAGCAGAUAGAUUUCCAAUGUUUUGUGACACAGAGUUGAGGUUUUCUGUGAUUUAGGGAGAAGCAAGUGUCAUUUGUUGCCGUUUAUUUAUUUUGGUUUAGGUCAAAGAGCCAAAAUAGAUGUGAUUUAAGCCAUAGAUUUCACUCACAAGCACGUGCAAAGACACGCACGCAUCCUGGUGUAUGGCCUGUGUGUAAGCUGGCGGAUAUCACGGUACUUGAAAUACUAUCACAAUCACAAUCCUUGCUAACACCAAAGAACAGCUUAAAGAUAUUAGGAAUGUUACUAUCUACAGUAUUGUUUCAGUAUUGUGUGUUGAAUUAAGCAAAUUCUUAGUAUUUUGUGCUGUUUCUACUGUACCCAUUCAACAAAAGCUAUAAAUAUACCUAUAAAACACUAUUAAAACAUAGAAGCUAUUAAGGAAAAUUUAAAGCAUUGAAAUACCAGAUAUCUGGUACAUAUAGAGAUGUAUAUACAUUUUUUGCGAGCCCAGUAAUUCACACAUACACAGACACAAACACACUUAAACACACAGAUAGGCUGGUUGUAGAGACAUCACAUCUACCUCCUCUGUUUCCUUUUUUUUGUACUGUCUCUCUGCAACUGACUCCUACACCUGUCCAUCGAUUUCUUUUUUUUUUUCACCGUAGGAAAUAUUAAACCUUUGAUUGUCAAAUACCUGACAACAAAUUUAAUCAGCACAUCGUGCAUUCAUGUUUUUUUAGAGAUACCGCUGUGUCAGCCCUUGCAUCUCGAUUUUUUAUGUGUAGGAAAAAAACGUUUUUUUUAGGGAAAUUUCACAAGGAGGAAAAAAAUGACGGACUUUUAAAAGUUGUGACACACAGUGUGUGUCAAAUGUUAUGAAACGCUUUGUACUGCUUUAUGCACAGAAAUGAACUAGUGUGUGUAUAAAUAUGUAUUUAAGUGUCUUUUUUUUAUACUCUAGCUGCAGUAGCAUUAAAAAAGGGAAGCAUUUGUUUCAGUAUGUGUUGUUUGGUAGCGUGCUGAUUAUAAAUGAAGCUCGGAUGAUUUACUGUGUAUUCUGCUUUCGCCUUUAGGCCUUUUUUUUCAGUCAUGUAUUGAUUUUGGAGCAAACAAACGUCCAUCAGAAUUGUUUUUGUAAAUAGAACUGAGUUGUGUCUUGUAUUUUAUUACAUAUUCUGCUUGCUUUACUAUAUAUAUGGGUGUGUGCAGUAUGUUACAGUAUAUUAAGUAAUGACUGAGGAGACACUGGCUAUGUUGUUUUAAAUGUUAAUUGUUUUCUGCUCGGAUGCACAAAGUCUCUCUGUUUCAAAGAUCGUUUUGUUUGAGCCGACUGCAUAUCAAAAUAGAAAAAUGUACAUUCUUCCAAAGUGACAACAAAAUGUGUCUUUUCUAUACAUGUUUGUCCUGCACACGGCAACAGUAUCAUGUAGACUUAAGGUAUCCAUUGUAAUGUUUCAUUUUCAAGUUUUUGACUCCAUUUCAGUGUCAGUUUAGCUUUAGUAGAUGUUUCCCUUCUCGUCUGAUCUAUUUCUUACGUGCUUUUUGGAAGGAGAGUGUGUGCGUUUGUUUAAACUCUGUGCCUUUGCUGCUCUCCUGGCUUUACUGCAAUAGAUAUGAAUGUAUGAUUAAUGCGUCCGCCAAAUGUGUUUCUCUGUAAACCAAAGCCAUGUAUAGGGACUGUAAGAUAGUACGGAGCCUUUUCUCAGGAGAACGCACCAGAGCAAAAAUACCAGGAAUGCCUUACAACACAAUGCAUUAGUUGUACAGUGAAUACCAGUUUGUUUGUUUUUUUUGUUGAACGUCACAGGUGUUGAUUCAGCUUGAUGGUCAUUUUUGAGGCUGUAUUUCAUGUUGUACAUUUCAUUGUGAGGUUUUCUGGGUUGACAUGUAAAUUGCUUUCCUCUUGUAGCAGGACAGUAUUUUGUAAUGUUGGAAAACCAUUGUAACUAUCUGACCUCUUUAUACCUCUGCAAGUCGUUGUCAGACCUCAUUAAAGCUGACAAAUACUGCCAAAUGCCAUUCGAAUCAAUGUGACUCCCUUGUGCUUUGUACUUGGGAUUUACAACAUUUUCUGCCUGAAUCGUUGUGAAUCAAGUUUAAUCGACACCUCUGACAGUCUCUACAAUAAAAAUGUUUUAUCUUUAUUUUAAGAUUGUGAUCUACAGUGGCUUAUCUAAUCUCUACUCUCUUCAGCCCUGGGCUUGAAGUGUUGCUAUGUUUUCCUGCCUUCAAUCAUUAUAUCCAGCUUGUGCAUUUGAUAAACAAAUAAAUGUAUGAAUGUUAA